AUGUUCCGUUCUGCUCUCCGUGCCGUUAGCCAGACCGCUCAAGCAGUUACUGCUGUUCGUCAAAUUUCCAGAACCUCUGUACUGGCUCAACUCCGCCCUCUUGGCCCUCGCAGCACUCUCCCUGAUUUCAAGGGAACUGCUGUCGUUGAUGGAGAUUUCAAGGCUAUUUCUGCUGCCGAUUAUAAAGGAAAGUGGCUCGUUUUCUUCUUCUACCCACUUGAUUUCACUUUUGUCUGCCCAACUGAGAUUAUUGCCUUCAGUGAUAGAGCUUCAGAGUUCCAGAAACUAGGAUGCGAGGUUGUUGCCUGUUCUUGCGAUUCCCACUUCUCUCAUUUGGCUUGGACUCAAACUGCUCGUAAAGAUGGCGGUCUUGGAGAUAUGAAUAUCCCUGUGCUCGCUGAUUUCAACAAGAACAUCGCUGAGAGCUUCGGAGUCUUGGACAAGGACACUGGUUUAGCAUACCGUGGAUUGUUCUUGAUUGAUCCAUCUGGAACAGUUAGACAUGUCACCUGUAACGACUUACCUGUUGGUCGCUCUGUUGACGAAACCCUCCGCGUCUUGAAAGCAUUCCAGUUUGUCGAACAGCAUGGAGAAGUAUGUCCUGCUGAUUGGAAGGAUGAUGCUCCAACCAUCAAGCCUGGAGUUGAUUCAAGCAAAGAAUACUUCAACAAAGUGAACAAGUAA